CCAUCGCUUCUUUUUUUGGGUCAAGUGCAACGUCCUGCUCUCAGAAACCAAACCCACUUAUCAACUCUGACGAAUCUUGGCAAUCAAACAAAUUCAAUCAAGUCAUUAACUGUUAGUUUUAAUUCCUGAAUCGAUAAAAAAGAAGAAAAGGGAGUCUUUUCUCCCCCUCAUUUCUCGGAAUCUGAUACCCGGGUCUUGUCUUCUGGCACUUUAAUACAUUUUUAUGUAAUGGAAUGUGAAUACAUAAUAACUGUUCGUGGACAUGCGUGAAGGGCUAUAAGUAAUUUUGUCUGUGUUUUAUUGCCGUCCUUAAAUUUGGGGAUGUGAUUUGAGGCUGGGAAUGGUCAGAGAUGGCUCGGGAUGGGAGCGUUGUGCCGGCCGAUCCGCAGGCUCUGGUGGCUGUCAAGAAGAAAACGCAGUCAUCAAGGAGUUGGAUUCUUUUCGAUUCCACAGGUCAGGGCUCCAUUCUCGACAUCGACAAGUAUGCCAUCAUGCAUCGAGUUCAGAUUCAUGCUCGUGAUCUUCGGAUUCUGGAUCCUCUACUUUCCUAUCCGUCUACGAUAUUGGGUCGAGAAAAAGCUAUUGUUCUUAACUUGGAGCAUGUCAAAGCAAUUAUCACUGCUGAAGAGGUAUUGCUGAGGGAUCCAACAGAUGAAAAUGUGAUCCCUGUUGUUGAAGAACUUCAAAGACGGUUGCCUAAAGCAAAUGCCAAUAACCUCCAAACAGGAGAUCGUAAAGAGUAUUCUGUUGGACAGUAUGACAUGGAAGCAGCUGAGGAAGACGAGUCCCCCUUUGAAUUCCGUGCCUUGGAGGUAGCUUUAGAAGCCAUUUGUAGUUUCCUUGCUGCACGUACAACAGAAUUGGAGAUGGCCGCUUAUCCUGCAUUAGAUGAACUUACCUCCAAGAUUAGUAGUCGUAAUUUGGACAGGGUUCGUAAACUAAAAAGUGCAAUGACUAGAUUGACUGCUAGGGUUCAAAAGGUUAGAGAUGAGCUUGAACAAUUACUGGAUGAUGAUGAUGACAUGGCUGACCUAUACUUGUCAAGAAAGUUAUGCUCAUCCUCGCCAGUUAGUGGAUCAGGUGCUGCCAAUUGGUUUCCUGCUUCCCCCACCAUUGGAUCAAAGAUAUCCAGAGCGAGUAGAGCAAGUGUAGCAACAAUGCGUGGUGAUGAAGAUAAUGUGGAGGAGCUUGAAAUGUUACUGGAGGCUUACUUCAUGCAAAUUGAUGGCACAUUGAACAAAUUAUCUACGCUCCGGGAGUACAUUGAUGAUACAGAAGAUUAUAUUAAUAUUCAGCUUGACAACCAUCGUAAUCAGCUUAUCCAGUUAGAGCUCUUUCUGAGUUCAGGAACUGUCUGUACGUCUAUCUAUUCUUUGGUGGCUGGAAUAUUUGGAAUGAAUAUCCCGUACACUUGGACGGAGAACCAUGGUUACAUGUUCAAAUGGGUAGUUAUUGUCACUGGACUAUGCUGUGCAACUUUGUUUAUCUGCAUAAUUGCUUAUGCUCGUAAAAAGGGGCUAGUAGGAUCGUGAAAUAUUGAUCAUUAUUCUGGAAAUGUGUUGAGAGACUAACUCAAGAACGCCUACAUACUGUGCGGUGAUCACUGUUGAGAGAAUUUUUAUUGUAGGGUGAUUCAAGAUUUUGUUCUCGAGAAUAAUAAAUGUCGAAGGAUCCAGUGAGAGCCACCGAACAUCCCAAGGAAUGUGGGUUGAUAUGAAGUAUUUUUAUUUUUUCUGGCACCAACGCGGCUUGAAAACAGUUCAGAGUCUAAGCUAUGAAUUCAGAUUUCGUUGAAUUGUUGAUAAUCAUCAGUGUGUACUUUGAGGGCACACUAUUGUACUGCUUUUCAUUCUUAGUUGAUAUCAGUUAUCCUAUAUUUACUUAA